AUGGUGGCGCAGGAUCAGGAUCUCGCCGGUCGCGAUCAGCAUGGCGACGAUGCAGAACUUGAUCGGAGUCAAGAGGAGGUCAAGGAUGACGCGGCGUUGCUGCAAACGAUGGGCUACAAGCCGGUGCUUCAUCGAACAUACACGCUCUUUGAAAACUUUGCGACCACUUUUGCUGCCCUGUACUUCGUUGGUGGCGUCCGAGUUACCUACAGCACUGGAAUCGCCGCCGGUGGAAACCUGGCCUACUGGACCAGCUACCUGGUAACCCUGGUUUUCACUUUCAUCACGGCGGCUGUGAUCGCAGAGGUCUGCUCGGCCUCGCCUUCUGCUGGCUCCAUCUACCUCUGGGCUGCCGAAGCAGGCGGCCCGCGAUUUGGGCGGCUGUUAGGAUUCACCGUUGCGUGGUGGAGUACGACUGCGUGGACUACUUUCUGUGCUAGUAACACCCAGUCUGCUGUCAAUUACAUGCUCGCGGAAUUGACUGUCUUCAACGUGGACUUCCCUAGCGACACCGACAGUGUCAAGUUCCGGGCUGUCCAGUGGAUUUGCACCGAGGUGCUGUUGGCCCUGGCUGCGCUUCUGAACUUCCUGCCUCCCCGGCACUUCAAAAAUGUCUUCCGCAUCUCUGCAGCUUUUGUGAUGUUGGACUUUUUCUUGAACCUGAUCUGGCUGCCCAUUGGAACGGCCAACACAUGGGGAUUCCGCUCCGCCCAUGAGGCUUUCAUGACGACUUACAACGGCACCGGUGCGCCCGCCGGCUGGAACUGGUGUCUGUCUUACCUAGCCACCGCUGGAAUUCUUAUUGGAUUUGAUGCCUCUGGCCACGUCGCGGAAGAGACUAAGAACGCCUCGAUCACUGCGGCUCGUGGAAUCUUCUGGAGUACCGUUGCCAGUGGUAUCGGAGGCUUGGCUACCAUUAUUCUGUUCUUGUUCUGCGCGCCUACCGCGGAUAAGCUUAUGGAAUUUGGAUCUGUGCAGCCAUUUGUCCCUCUCUAUGCGGUCGUACUGGGCCGAGGAGGCCAUGUUUUCAUGAACGUCAUCUGUAUCGUUGCUCUGUGGCUGAACACUGCUAUUGCUAUCAUCGCCGCAUCCCGUCUAGUCUUUGCGGUCGCCCGUGACGGCGUCCUCCCAUUCUCAGGCUGGGUCUCCAAAGUCUACAACGGCCAACCCCGCAAUGCGGUGAUUGUUGUCUGGGCCGUUGGGGCUAUUGUCACCUGUACGAUCCUCCCAUCCAGCGUUGCGUUCACCUCUCUGGUCUCCGCAGCCGGUGUGCCCAGCGCUGCAGCCUACGGCCUCAUCUGCCUGGGACGUCUGUUAUGUACGCCCAAGCGAUUCCCCAAGCCUGCGUGGAGCCUCGGUCGAUGGAGCAAGCCAUUCCAGUUCAUCGGUGUGUUCUGGAACGGAUGGGUUGUUGCCGUCUUAUUCUCGCCUUACGAGUGGCCUGUGACCGGCGCAAACCUGAACUACGCACCUAUCAUCAUGGCCGGCGUGACUAUCCUUGCGUUGAUCUCUUACUUCAUCAUGCCGGAGAGUGCUUGGCUUCCUCGUGACCGAAUCACCCACUUCAUUGAUUCAAAGGGGGCUACCGCGAACGUGGAGGAAGUCGAUCAACCUACCGAGGCUGGACCCAGCCAGCGCAGUUGA